UGUACGUCACUUGCCCCACGCCGUUUGUUAUCUCCUCUCAAACACUUCGCGUACCGUGGUCUGCAAGGUCAGAGGUCGGUGUAACUGGUGUAACUACUGUAGCGGCGCAGGCUGUGAAUGUACCGUCGCGUCCUUGCUCGAUCAUUCAGCACUAAUAUUUUAAUUCGACUUUUAUCGCAACGAAAUGGCAUGCUCUCGUAAACUUAAUUUCGCAGCGGGGCCUUCACGUCUCCCACUCGACGUGCUGCAAAUAGCAAAGGAUGAAAUGCUGGACUACCAGGGUGCUGGUGCGAGUGUCAUGGAGCUAAGCCACAGGUCAGCUACCUUUGAGAAGAUCAUCUCUGGGGCUGAGAAGGACUUGCGGGACCUCAUGGGGAUUCCGGACAACUACAAGGUGCUGUUCUUGCAAGGAGGGGGUACAGGACAGUUCAGCGCUGUGCCUCUCAACCUGUGUCCACGCCUCAAAGAACAGAAAGCUGAUUAUGUGGUCACGGGAACAUGGUCAGCGAAGGCAGCUAAAGAAGCAGAAAAGUUCAUCCAGGUCAACAGAGUGUUACCCAGGACUGACAAAUACACAGCAAUUCCACCUCAGACGGAAUGGAAACUCAGUCCAGAUGCUGAAUAUGUGUACUACUGUGAUAAUGAGACAAUCCAUGGUGUUGAAUUUGGCUUUGUGCCCGAAGCUGGGAAUGUUCCACUAGUUUGCGACAUGUCUUCCAACAUUCUCACACGGCCAGUUGAUGUGUCAAAGUUUGCCCUUAUUUUUGCGGGUGCCCAGAAGAACUUAGGAAUGGCUGGCAUUACUGUUAUCAUCGUCCGCGAUGAUCUCCUUGACAGAGCCUCAUCUCUCUGUCCAACGGUGCUAAACUACAAGAUCAAUGCUGAGGCUAAGUCCCUGAAUAACACGCCACCAACAUACGCUAUCUACAUCUUGGGUCUUGUUCUCCAAUGGAUCAAAUCUCAAGGUGGCGCGGAAGGCAUGGCCAAGAGAUCGGCUGCAAAGAGUGGCGCCCUGUAUGACCUGAUUGGCAGAUCAAACAACUUUUAUUUCUCGCACGUCAAUCCUGCCGCACGUAGCAGAAUGACCAUCCCGUUCCGUGUAGGGGGACCUGAUGGAGACGAUGCCCUUGAAAAACUGUUUCUCAAGGAAGCUGAAAGCCGAGAUAUGAUACAGCUGAAGGGCCACAGGUCUGUUGGAGGAAUCCGUGCAUCGAUGUUCAACGCGAUGAGCGUUGAGGAAGCACUGACAUUCAUCGAAUUUGCAAAGGAAUUUAUGAAGACACACCAGAAGUGAAAACCUGUGUAUUUGUAUAAAUAAGGGUACACAGCCUUUCUACAAGAUGGCAGAAGAUGCAUUCUAGCAUAUGCAAUGGGUCACAUAUUGUACCUAAUGCUUGAGAGCCCUUGCCUACAUAGUCAGGGUUAUACAAAAGUGCCUUAUAUAAACCUGUUGAAUUUAACAUUUAUAGAAUAAAGUUUUUAGUGGAGAAAGUGUUUUCACAGUUACCUCUACAGAAAAUAAUGAGAGCCAGUGAACUUUAAUAAUACUAAAAUAAUAAAAUUUUUAUGUUAA